AGCUCUCUGCCCUUCUCUCUCUCUCGCCCGCGCUUUGUCUCUCUCUCUCUCUCUCUCUAAAAAAACCUCUCUACUCUCUCUUUCUAAAACCCUUUGUCUAUACUAUUCCUUCUUCUCCUCACUCUUUCUGUGUCUGUGUUCAUACUUCAUAGUACUAGUCUCUUAUUCUUUUGUGUUUUUUGGUUCUCUGAGUAAAAGAACACUGAAAACAAAGAAGAAGGAACUUAAUUAAAACCUUGUUGUUAUUCUUCUUCUUUCUUUCUCUUUUUCCUUCCUUAAAGCUUAAAGCUUGUUGCUUUCCGAGAAAUUUCUCAGUUACUCUCUUGUUCUUCUAUAUUAUGCUGUUAGAUUCUCUUCUUUAAGGCUUCUCGCCGUGGCCUCCGUAUUUCUUUGGUCUUUACUGCUCCCUCUUCUCCAGCUUUCGUAGGAGAUUGCACACCUUUCCUCUUUAACUUUUUUUACCGGUUUUUUUUCUUCUUUUCUUUGUUUUUGCUCUUUAUUCCCCUGCAACAAUAUCCAGAGGAAUCAAUCCUUUUUAUUUUUUUUUAUUUUUGGGGAGAAAGAUUUAGUUUUUCCUGCAAAUGCGAAGCUUAAGGUGAGGAAAGAUUCAAUCUUUCAAGUCAUGGACUGUGAUUUCUUCAUGCCGUUGAAGCGCGCCGAUCAUGUCACUGUGGUCUCAAAGCCCUUGCCUUUCGGGAACUUGAAACCUGGAGCCAUACCGGCACUGACGGCGUGCCCGAGGACAGUGCGGAUCUCCUGCAACGACAACGACGCUACGGACUCAUCCAGCGACGAAGACGAUUGUCUGGAGAUCCUCCGCCGUGGCCGGAGAUACAUUCAUGAAAUCCGAUUCGAGGCGAGAGGGGCAGCGCCGGCGGUGACCAAGUCCACAAAAGGUAGUAAGAAGAAGAAGGUCGCGCCCACUCCAGCCACGGCACCGGCGUCUGGUGGCGCGACAAGGUUCCGGGGAGUGAGGCGGCGGCCAUGGGGCAAGUACGCGGCGGAGAUCCGUGACCCGUGGCGGCGGGUGCGAGUCUGGCUGGGAACCUUCAACACCGCCGAGGAGGCCGCUAUGGUCUACGACUCCGCCGCCAUCCAGCUCCGCGGCCCAGACGCCACAACCAACUUCUCCCGGCCACCGGCUCCGCCUCCGCCGGCUCGGGAGCCAGCCAACGUAACGUCAUCCUCCGGUGGGUACGAAUCCGGCGAUGAGUCUCACGUCCUCUCCUCUCCCACCUCCGUCCUCCGUAACUUCUCUUCAUCGUUGAACACUGAUCCCGAGAAACACCAGAGCGCGCAGCCGCCGACGUCCGAUUCGAUUCCCGACAAAGACGUUUGCGGUAGCGAUAGUGGUAAUGUUACCGCGACAGUGACGAUACCGGAGGACUUGGGCGAGUUCAUGCCUUUUGAGGACGUGCCGCUCUACAAUGACUUCCUCGGCUUCGGCGAGGUGGAGCCGAGGAUCUUCGAGGACUCGGCUCAGAUUGGCUUGUUCGCCGAUGGCUUGGACGAUGUAUUGCCUGACUUCGGCUCGUCGACGUGGCAGGUUGACGAUUACUUCCAGGAUAUUGGCGAUCUUUUCCCGAUCGAACCCCUUCCGGCGAUCUAAAGAGUUUUUGGCUUUGGUUUCUCCUGCGCCGGGCGCCGAUUAAUCGGCCGGUUUUGGAAACGGCGACGGAUGAGCGGCUCCCUCUGUUU